AUGUCUUCUGAGUCCGAGCAGGCACCCACUGCCUCCAGCUCGGGACCCGCAUCGCCGGGUGCGGACAUGCCUGCGGCCGACCCGCCCGCCUCCGGUGCCGAGCCACCGGCCGCGGAGGAUGCAGCACAGCCGCCUGCCUCGGGGUCCCCGCUCGGGGCGGCUGUCGCCUCUUACCCGCCGCCGCCGCCAAUCCCGGCCAGUCGCCUGCCGGCCUUCGCCUGUCCCGAGUCGGUGCCCUCGAGCUUCCUGGACCUGGUGGCCCUGCCAGAACGAUCUGAAGACACCGGCGCCAUUGCCGAACGCCGGGCCCAAUCGGUGGCGGCCAUGUCGCGCAAGAUCGCCGAGCCCUGGAACCCCGGCUGGGUGUAUGCCAAGCUUCUGUCAAGCCGGCGAGCCUUUCACAAUCCCAGCAUCCACGAGCGGGUGCAGGAGUCCUUCGACCUGGGUCAGUACGGCACGAACGAUGCCUUCCUGGCGGAUUCCUGUGUUUUGAGGAUGCCACCGGUCGCCGAGUACCCGGUGGACCUUGUCAUCACGGCCGAGGGGGCCAGUCAGGCCGCGGCCGCUGGAGGCCUGACGGACUCGGCUUCCGGCAGCCCGAUCCUCGGGACCGGGUACACCUUCUUCGGGGCCUCGCGCAUUGAUGAUGGCUGUCGCCGGUCGGCCUUGAGCACGCGGAUCUCGAUGUGCACCACGCUGGCCUCGCGCAUCCAGGCAUUCCGGGAACUGGCGCACCAGGCGUCGGUGCGGUCCCUGUCGCAGGCCAACACGCCGGUCUCGCGGGCCGUGGUGACUUCCAUGCAGGGGGGUCUGGCCCCGGCGAACUUUGUGCCCGAGACGCCGAGCAACGCCUCGGCCACCGCCGGUCGCCUGAACAGCACAUUGCAAGCGGCCGGCCCGACGGCAGGGUCCUCGCGGCCAAGCCCCAACCCGGCGAUCGCGAUUGGCGCUCGAGCGGCCGCGGCCAUUGCUGCCCGGGACGACCCGCGCGGUGGGGCCGGCCCGCGCCACGGGUCCUCCUAUCAUCCGGCUGGCUUGGAUCGGCGACACCGCGGUGAGGGGGAGCGCGACCGCGACCGCGACCGCGACCGCGACCGCGACCGUGAUCGCAACCGUGACCGUGACCGUGACCGUGACUGGGACCGCGAUCGCGGUCGGGACUUCGAGCGUGAUCGCGAUCGCGGACGCGACCGCGAUCGUUAUCGUCCGCCGAGUCGCGACGACCGCGGCCGUAGCAGCAGCAGUAGCAGCACCGGUGGCGGCGGUGGACAUCACCGUAGCCGUUGGUAG